AUGCAUAGCCUUGAGAUACACUCGAGUGGUAUCGUUCCCCGGAUCGUUACCCGGGUUCAACAUUUACGAUUGCUCACCAGAUACGGAACGAUGUUGUUUCGUACUCACAACUCCUACACCCUCCCGAAGCUCUAUGUGGACGAUCGCUGUCAAACACCUUCACUGCUCAGCCCGUAUACGCUUUCGGCGAGGGAUCAACAGAUACGCCUGUACUGUCAGACACUUAUCGGCCUCAUUCACGAUCUCCACAACAAAUCUCCCAAAUCCUCAUCUCGUCUACUACGACGUGUCCAACGAAUCCUUGGCAUCGAAACCCGGAUCAACCUGGCUGAGGACGGCAAAAGUCAUUUUGAGCACAAUGUUCAACUCUUCAGUAAGUGGAAAUCUGAUGUGUUGUAA